AUGUCUCAGAGCUCAGAUAAUCUUCAGUCCGUGCCAAGUCAGGGACCGCUGCAACAACAGCUGCAACAGUUUGUUCUUCCGUCGAUCAGCGGUUUGGAAAACGGCAGCCAUGGUGGAGAGCAGCAGCAGCAGCAGCAGCAGCAGCAGCAGCGGUUGCCGUAUGUGGGACGAUCCAAGGGCUUUUCCGUGGCUAGUUUGGACAACCCACUGCCUGCAGAACAACAACUGCAACAGCAACAACAACAACAACAACAACAACAACAACAACAACAACCACCACCACCAAAUGUCCCGGUAGAACACAUUCCCGAUGGUUCUUUCAAACCGCUCAAUUUCAAAGACGCGCUGUCGUAUCUGGAACAGGUCAAAUUCCAGUUUAAUAGCCGGCCGGACGUUUACAACCAUUUUUUGGAUAUCAUGAAGGACUACAAGUCGCAGGCUAUCGACACACUGGGGGUCAUCGAGCGGAUCUCCACGCUGUUCAAGGGCUAUCCGGUGCUGAUCCAGGGACUCAACACUUUUCUGCCCCAAGGCUACAGAAUAGAGUGUGCUUUGGACCCGAAUGAUCCAAACUUCAUCUCGGUUACCACUCCGUUCGACGGCCACUCACAUCGCCCAACGCGGCUGGACCAGCGUGAGGCGGCUCCCAACGCCCCGGGAGUCGGUGCUCCCUCCAUAUCAAACCCUUUGAGCGAGAUUUCCACGCCUCAGGCUACUGCUGCUGCGACCGCUGCCCCCACAGAGCAUGGACCCGGCAUGGAGGCCAGCCAGCCCACUCUGCCCGGACCCCAAGCCAUUUUCCCGGCCAAAAAUCAGCAGCAACUGCCAAUACAGCAGUUGGAACAAACCGACCAAUCGCUCACGAAUCUGCAGGCUCAGCAACCGCCGGUUCAAGCAGCCCUUUCUCAAAACCCUCCCCAACCGUACUUGGCAGCCAGAAGCACAGGUGACGUGGAGUUUAGUCAUGCUAUCAGUUAUGUCAACAAAAUCAAAACCAGAUUCGCAGACCAGCCCGACAUAUACAAGCACUUCCUGGAGAUUCUCCAGACAUACCAGAGGGAACAGAAGCCCAUUCAUGAGGUCUAUGCUCAGGUAACGACGUUAUUCCAAAACGCACCGGACUUAUUAGACGACUUUAAAAAGUUUUUACCCGAUGCCACUGCCGCUCACGAACAACAGAUGCAGCAGAUGCAGCAACAGCAGCAACAGCAUUUACAACAUAUGCAACAAUUGCAACAGCAUCAGCAACUUCAGAUGCAACAAAUGAAUCAAAACGCUGUACUUCCUGGGCAUGUCCAGCCAGAUCAACCUUUGGACCAAUCUCAGUUACGUCAACGUCAGGAGAUGGAGCAGCACAGGCAGAACCUACAGCAACCUUACAACGGCGGACCUGCUUUUUUCCCGGGGCAACAACCAAGGGCGCAGAAUUUACCUCCUUUAGGUAGUUUUUCUCCUCCCAUCAAUGGGCGUGACAAUGAAUCACAUAUCAGCCUUCCGGCUGUCCAAGGUGGGGCCCCAAACAUUCCAUCACGCUCUCCGCAGCAACCGGGUCCACUUCCUGUCCAGGGAAUGGCCAACAAGCCUUUACCUGUUUCCGACAUGCGUGGCCCGGUCGAUGGCGGUUUUGCUCCACCUUCAAUGCAAUAUCAAGACAUGCAGUAUAUGGAGCCCACUUCGAGACCAGAGAUAGACUUAGACCCAAGCCUGGUACCGGUUAUCCCUGAACCAAUAAGGCCUCUUGAAAGUGAUAUAACCUUGAUCGAAGAAACAUCCUUCUUCGACAGAGCUAAGAAAUUCUUGGGAAAUAAGCAAAUUUACAUGGAGUUUCUCAAGAUUUUGAACUUAUACUCUCAAGAUUUGAUUGAUACAAAUGAACUCGUGGACAAAGUAGAACACUAUCUCGGAGGUAAUGUAGAGCUUUUCGAUUGGUUCAAAAGUUUCGUCAAUUACGUUGAGAGACCUAAAUGCAUAGAAAAUGUAAUGCAUGAGAAGCAUAGAUUGGAUCUGGACAUGUGUGAGGCCUGCUGUCCCAGUUACAAAAAGCUUCCUAAGACGGACACCUUCAUGCCCUGCUCUGGCAGAGACGCAAUGUGUUGGGAGGUCUUGAAUGAUGAGUGGGUUGGUCAUCCAGUAUGGGCUUCCGAAGACUCAGGUUUCAUCGCUCACCGAAAGAACCAAUAUGAGGAGACACUUUUCAAAAUAGAAGAAGAGCGUCAUGAAUAUGAUUUCUAUAUUGAAGCAAACUUGAGAACUAUUCAGACCCUUGAAACAAUUGCCAAUAAGAUAGCGACGAUGACUGCUGAAGAGAAACAAGCUUUCAAGCUACCACCUGGAUUGGGCCACACAUCAUUAACAAUAUACAAGAAGGUCAUUAGGAAAAUUUAUGAUAAGGACAGAGGCUUUGAAAUCAUCGAUGCUCUUCAUGAGAACCCUUCUGUGUCUGUCCCAAUUGUUUUGAAGAGGUUGAAACAAAAAGAUGAGGAGUGGAGGCGUGCUCAAAGGGAGUGGAACAAGGUUUGGAGAGAGCUGGAGCAAAAGGUCUUUUACAAAUCCUUGGACCAUUUGGGUUUGACUUUCAAACAAGCUGAUAAAAAGUUACUCACGGCAAAACAGCUGAUAUCUGAGAUCAGCAGCAUUAAGGUGGAUCAGAACAACAAGCGAAUCUAUCCUUUUACUCCCAAGCCAGAGAGUCAACUGGAGUAUGAUUUGGUUGACAAAGGAGUUUUAUUUGACAUUUUAGAGCUAGUGAGUGUUUUCAUCAAUCACAGCACCACAUACUCGAGCGGUGACAAAGAAAGACUCUUAGAAUUUCUCAAAGGCUUUCUGUCAGUAUUUUUCGCUAUUCCUCAAAAUGAGCUUGACCGUUUUGGACAGCCGGGGUCUAACUCACCGUUUGAUAACGACGUGGGGUCAGCAUUGGCAACGCCUUCACGUAAGAGGAGACGGCAGGAUGAUCACAUUCUGAGGGAUAUGCUCAAGGGGAAGAGCAAGCAUACAAGAAACGGUGAUGGCAUAGGUGAAGAGGGUGCAUCAUCGGACGAUCAAGGCUCACCCAAUGGCAAUGGACGUGCUGACGAUGAUGAAGAGAUAAUCAGAGAGGAAGCCCAAAAACCCUGGCUACUUGGCAGCGUGAUAGAGGAAGCGAAUGACCACGGUUUUGUUCCAAACAGAAACACAUAUAACAUGUUUGCGAACGCAAACAUAUAUGUGUUUUUCCGUCAUUUGACAACCCUGUAUCAGCGCCUGCAUGAGGUCAAAAAAAUGAACCAAGCUGUAACUGAGGAGAUAAAAAAUAGAAAAAUUUCGCAGUUUGCAAAGGACCUAAAUUUAUUGUCAAAUCAGCUAAGUGAUAUGGGUUUGGAUUUCAAAGAAUUCGACGCUUAUGCACAACUACUCAAUCUCUGCAAACGUUUGAUUGAGAAUGACAUCGAGCAUCAGUGGUUCGAAGAAAGUUUGCGUCAAGCAUACAAGAACAAGGCUUUCAAGCUCUACACAGUGGAUAAAGUCGUGCAAUGGUUGGUCAAACAUAUGCACACAAUCAUAGCUGACACAAAGACUUCGGGAAUUGUAGUAUUAUUCGAAAAAGACAGGACUUCAGCCAGUACAAGCAGGCGGGACCAAAUUCUGUACCGAUUACAGGUUAGGUCACACAUGGGACUUUCAGAUAACAUGUUCCGGAUCGAGUACAAUCAGCAGACUAGUCAUGUCUGUAUACAAUUCGUUGCAGUGGACGAUCUCACAUUGAAAGAGCCCGAGUCGCUCAAAGAUAGGUGGCAGUACUAUCUGACCUCAUAUGCCCUUUCACAUCCCACGGAAGGGGUAUCGCAUGAAGAGAUCAAGGUUCCGUUCCUCGUUAAGAAUUUGAAGGAUGAUGAUCAGGAUAGCGAUAAUGAGAAGGCCUCCCCCGUGGGCCAAUCAGUCUCCUCGCUUCGCAUCCAAGUCAAUCCUGAAAACUACCAAUUACAGAUUGAGCCAAACUCGAAGGAUCUUUUCACUAGAUCUACUACCAACAAGUUUCCGACCAAGGUUUCGCCUCUCAACGGCCAAGAAAAAGAUUUCAAGAAGAAGCAAGUGGAAGAUUUUUUGAACAGCGAUUACGGCUGGAAGAAAGGUCUCAGUGAGGAGAGUGCUACAGGCGCCGAGACAGCACUCAAGUACGUUAGGGAUCACGGUAAAGUGAAACCUGCUGAAUCAGCAGAUGUGCCACUUCCACAAGCGCAAGCUGCUGAGCUAGAGGCUCCUAUUGAUAAGACUGGUGACGACACAGAUAUCAAAGGUGAUGACACCACAACGGAGGAAAUAUAA